AUGCAGCAUUGCGAGCGCGAGCUGCACGAGCCCAAGGCGGAUCUCAUUCGCAGCUUGAUGUCUCGCGUCCGUGGCUGUGGACGAAGCGUGCUUUGUGGAGGACGACGGCAAGGAGAUUGCAUCCAUUAUGGGCAUCUGCCGUGGCGUUUUCGUGUCCAAGAGAAGUGGGAUGGCGGAGAGCAAAUUGAAGGAGCUUCGAAACCAAGCUGGGGCGAUGGCUUGCAUGCUGUGGAGGCCGAGGCAGUGUUGAAAGUGGUGGCAAGGCCGCAAGCAGCGCCCUCACCACCUUCGUCAGACGGUUUCAGCGGCGUCCGCAAAGCUGGAGGCAAAGGCGGAUCGCCGGCCAAGGAACCUGUGCCAUCUGCGCUGCGCGCAGGCUUCAGUGGCGUGUUCAAGUCAGGCCGACUUGAGCCAGCUGCAAGACCUGCUGCAGCACUGAAGGCAACGGCAUCAGCACAGUGCCCGGAGAGAGCACAGGGCAGGUUGAGCAGUGUGCACUUGAUCCCCGUCUUCGAGCAGCUCGCCGGGUGGGAGCUGGGCGUGGAUGCGCCUCACGCGCUGUCGGAGCACGGGCAGAAGAUGCCAAAUGCAUCGCAGGUCACCUACCAAGACAGCAAUGACACGGUGGCUCUGUGUGCUACAGGAAGAAUGCGCUCGUUUUGGACGGCAUGCGCUUUGGGAGGACCUGCGCGUGUGGGGCAGCUGAACAGCUUCUUUUCGAGCCUAAAGGUGUCCGGAGCGCAGCUGACCAUCAUCACCAAGGGCAAUGUGGGGGCCUGCCGAUUCCUGGAGCACGAAGGCCUGUUGCAGCAUUUCGAGAAGGUCUUUGGGACUCUACGGUAG